CAAGAUAGCCAUUCAUUCUAUUUUCUAUUUUUACCAUCUAUCAUUUUUAUUACGUAACUUUUAUUAAAAUAAGCCAUGAAUAUUCCACCGAUACCAUUAUCGGCUAUUAAUAAUUUUGUUCAAAACAACUUGGUUAACAGGAUAACAAUUAAUAUUAAUAAUACUCAAUCUAGGAAUACAUUUCAUCAUGGAAAGCAUAUUGGGAAUAAAUUAAUUACACCGUUACCCGUAACAAUAAAUCGCAGAGAAAUGGGAUUUAUAAGGUCCAAGUCAACAAUUGAAAAAGCUUGCGGGAUUGUUACCUAUGAAAUUGAUGACAAGUGUAAGAAUAACUUACCAUUACUUCUUAUUGUGGGUUGGAGGAUAUCCCUUACUGGAAAAAACAAGUGGUUCAUCUUUAUUGGCUGUGAAACAGAUCCAAAUUUCCCAGGCGAAGACAAAAGUUCUAUAAAUAAAUAUUUGAAAGAAAAUGGAAAUAAGGGAUCAAAUACUUUGGAAUUUGAGGAACAUUCAAUGAACAUUGAAAGAUCGAUAUCUGAUGGGAAUAAUGCACAACUCAACAUAUAUAUCCGUUCUGAAGGGUUGGGAUUAUUAGAUAGAAUUUUUUCUUGA